GCAGCUUCCCACGCGAAUUCCCACACCACCUCGGCUGAACGCCAAUUCUCUAGUUUAGUUACGAUUUCGAAAACGAGCCGACUUGUCCCGCCGCCGCGGACACUUGCGAUUUCAUUGUGUGUUUGUGAUUGUGUUUUGUGAUUGGAUUAUCAUUUACACUUCGUUAAGUAAAAUUUUCGAAGCGACGCCGAACAUCUUCUCCCGACAGUGAUGACAACCAGCUAGCAAUAUGGGGGUGGCCGAUGAUUUUGCCCCAAGCUUCACGCAGAAGCCCCAGCUCAGGCAGGAGGACGAUGGCAACAAGUUGAUCUUCGAGUGCCAACUCCUCGGGUCCCCUAAGCCGGAGAUCUGCUGGUAUAGAAGCGAUGAAUUGCUCAAAGAAGAUAAUAGGACUCAGUUUAAGAUCCAGAGCUUAGCUAACAGCAAAUAUUUGGUGGUGCUGGAACUGGAUGAUGUGGUAGAGGCUGACGCAGGCCUCUACAAGGUUAAGGCUAAAAACAAAAUGGGCGAGGUGGCCGCCUCAAUUAACCUUAACUUCAGUCCUGCGGAUGAAGAGAAACAGAAACAAAUAGAUGGCAAGGCGCCCACGUUCGCCAAGAAGCCUGCAAUCAGACAAGAAGACGACGGCAAACGAUUGAUAUUCGAAUGUCGCAUCGAGGCAGAACCACUGCCCCAAGUUAGCUGGUCACACAACGGUGUAGAAGUUAAGCCUAGUCCGAGACACAAGCUUACAGUGAACAAGGAUGGGAAAUCAUAUUACGCGUCACUUGAAAUCAACAAUGUAACAGUUGAAGACGCUGGAAAAUAUCGCGUUACGUCGAAGAACGAACUGGGAGAAAGUAACGCGACAAUCAGUUUGAACUUUGACAGCGAUGAAGCGCCCGUCCCAGAGAAUUAUAUAAAGCCGACCUUUACGGAAAGACCCGUGAUCAGACAAUCGGAUGAUGGUACCAAAAUAAUAUUCGAAUGCAGAUGUGUUGGCAAACCGAAACCAACUGUCACAUGGUACCAAGGUAAAAAAAUGAUCAAAGAGAGUAGUCGGUAUAAAAUAUCACUAGAUGAAGAUCAAACAUUAUAUUAUAUAGCACGACUCGAAAUAAUAGGCGUUGAGAAUUCGGACAAAGGUGAAUAUAGAGCGGUAGCAAAAAACAAACACGGUGAAGGCGUUGCAAAAAUAAAUUUAAAUUUCCAAAGUGGGGACACACCAAAAAUCCCCGAUGGAAAAGCACCAAGGUUUCCAAAGAAGCCUACGAUUCGACAAGAGGGUGAUAUUCUUAUAAUGGAAUGCAUAUUAGAAGGUCACCCAGUACCUGAUAUAACUUGGUUUCAUGGAGACAAAGAAAUAAGGGACGGUGUUAAAAUGAAAAUGUCUAGGAAAGCGACAGGAAAAGAUAGUUAUAACCUUACAUUAGAAAUUUUAAGUCCGACUAAGGAAGAUGGUGGAAAUUAUAGAUGUAAUGCCUUUAACUUAUUUGGUGAGAGUAAUGCUAAUAUUGCUCUCAAUUUCCAAGGUGGGGAUGACGAGAAUGGUUUCGCACCAUCAUUUAUUGAGAAACCUCGAAUCAUUCCCAACGAAGAUGGCACACUCAUCACAAUGCGUUGUGUCUGCAAGGCUAAGCCGGCGGCUGUAGUGACGUGGUACCGUGGCACGACUGUCAUAAAAGCUAGUAGUAAAAUUCAGGUUAAGUCAACAAUAAUAAGUGAAGAUGUAUAUGAAUUAGUAUUGCUUUUAUCUAAUCCAACAGCAGUGGAUGGUGGCGCAUACCGCUGUCAUGUUCAAAAUGAAUUUGGAGAAAGCAAUGCAAACCUGAACUUAAACAUUGAGGCCGAGCCUGAACCUGAAGGUGAAGGCCCCACAUUUAUAGAAAAACCAACAAUUCAAUCAAAAGAUAAUGGAAAACUAGUUAUAAUGGGAUGCAAAGUUAAAGCUAAUCCCAAACCGACGAUUGUGUGGUACCACGAGGGAAAACAAAUCAGGGACUCGUCGAAAAUCAAAACCAGGGUCGAAGUAAAGGAAGACAUUUAUACAAUUGUAUUAGAACUCUUAGACCCUGGAAUUGAGGACUCCGGAUUGUAUAAAUGCAAUAUUAAAAAUGAUCUAGGGGAGCUCAAUGCAAAUCUUACGCUCAAUAUAGAAAUCAUUCCAGUUAUUAAAGAGAAACCAAAGAUCAUUAAAAUAGUUAAGAAGAAGACUGUGAUUGUUGAAUGUAAAGUAUUAAGUAAAUUUGCGCCUUCGUGUACAUGGUAUAAGGAAGCUAGUGCUGUUAAGGAAGAUUCAAGGCAUACAGUAUUGAUUGAGCCUGCGAGAGAGGGUGAAUUUACUGUGAAAUUAGAGAUUUCAAAUGUAAGCCAACAAGAUAAAGGAUCUUAUAAAUUGGUAGCUAAAAAUGAGAAAGGUGAAGCGACAUCACAACAAGUCGAAAUCAUUGACAUACCGGAAGAAAAGGGCGAAAAACCACAAAUUAUAAAACAUUUCAGAAGUUUGGCUAAAAAAGAAAACGAUGAAGCAGAGUUCGUUGCUGUGCUGAAGACCUCUGAUCAAUCAUGUAGAUGUACAUGGUACAAAAAUUCUACUAUAAUAAGAGAUUCUUCGGACGUUAGUACAUCAUUUGAUGGCACAAAUGCAAGACUGGUCAUAAGAAAAGUAACAUCAAGAUAUGUUGCCAACUAUAAAGUCGUAAUCAGAAAUGAAUUCGGUGAAGACGAAUCAAGUGCUGAUUUGACUUUGGUUGAGGAAAAGAAAAAGAAGAAAGAAAAAGAAGAAGAGAAGGAAGAAAUAACAGUGAUGGAAGAGUCCGAAGAGGAAAUGUCAAUUGUCGAAGAAAAAUCGAUAAUAGAAGAGAACCACAUAGAUGAAAGACAGGAGGAAACCAAAAAGACAUCGACCAAAAAAGUUACUAAAAAGCAAGAGGUUAAAGGUGAGAUCCAAAAUGAAGAGAUUACUAUGGAAUCACAAAACGCUGAAAGCAAAAUGGAAUCAAAAUCUCAAAGUAAAACAUCAGAAGUUGAAGAACAGGAAACCAAAAAAAUCCUUCAAAAGAAAACUGCUAAGAGUGCAGAAGAGAAGAAAGCACUUUUAGAAAAAAUUGAAUCAAAACAGAAAAAAGAAGCAGAUUCAGAAAAACAAAUAGAUGGGUUACCAAAACUCAAACCUGUGAAACCAAAAGAGGAACCAAAACAGGAGGAAAAAGAAACAACUAAGAAAACAGAAGAAAAGAAAAAAGUGGUACGAAAGAAGGUUGUUUCUAAGAAAAAGGAGGACGAUGACUUCGAGUUUGUUGACGAUUAUGAACGACCAGUAUUAGAAAAAUAUGAGCGAAUCACACCUACACCCCUAGAAAAAAGGGCUAAAGUGGAUGACACACCAAAGACAAAACGAGCUUCAUUGACCGGCAGUAUUAAAAGCGAACCUGAAGAUAGUGAAACGGAGCUUUCGAAAACCGCUGAGGUUCCUGAUAAAAAGAGUAAAACUGUGCGUAAAGACGAGGUCGUAGAACAACCUAGAAGAACAAGUAUUAAAAAAGGUAUUCUUAAGCCGGAAGAGCCCGUUGAUGAAAUAUCCAAAGUAAAAUUAUCAAAAACUUCAGUCAAACCAAAAGAAGAAAAUGUUGAUGAACCUAAAGUGGCUGAAAGUAAAAAACCAAUCAGAAAGCCGGAACAAGAAAAUGAAUUUGUAGAUGAUUACGAAAGCCCUGAGCUUGACAAAUAUGAUAAGAUUAGUCCAUCCGCAAUAGACAAAUCUAAGAAACAAAACGGCAUAAAAGAGGAUUCGCCACUUAAUGACAACUUCAAAAAACCAGAACUUGAGAAGUUCGAAAAGGUUAAACAAACAACUAAGUCAAAACAAGUAUCAAGUGAUACACAGGAUGAAACUGAUAUCAUGAAAGGAAAAAUCAAACCAAAACCAGAUGAUGAAGCAUCUGAAUUACCUAGUCUUCGUAAACGACCUGUAACAAAAGAGAAGGAGGAGGAUAAAAAAAUUGAAGAAAAACCAAAGACUAAGGCAAUAAAGAAAGACGAUAGUAAAAUUAAGAAACGUCCUUCUCUUAAGGAUAAAGAGGUUGAUGAAGAAGAAUAUAUUGACGAUUAUGAGCGGCCAGUAUUAGAAAAAUAUGAAAAAUUUACGCCUACACCCACAUCCAAACAACCAAAGGAAAAGGAAGAAACGCCAAAAGAAGUUAACAUUUCAUCAAUUCGUAGACGAAGUUCAGUUAAAGACAGAGUUGAGAUGGAGGUCGAUGACAUACAACAAGAACCUUCUGCAAAAGAGCAUAAAAUAUAUAAACCAGCUGACUUAAAAUUAAAUGAACAAAAGCCUCAGGCUAAUUUGGUCAAAGAUCUUAAAGAUACAUCUAAAGAAUCAAAUCAAGCAUCAACGCCCGAAAAAAUUCUCACUCCCAAUGAACAGGAACCUACAAUACGGCAUGAUGGUUCUCAAAACAAACGCGAUAGUUUGCCUAUUAAUAAACUUCGUCCUAGUGAUACGAAGGACGAAAAACAAUUAAAAAACAACCGUGAUAUAUCUGAGCUUGAAAAAACUACACCUUCAUCUAAAGAUAGACGACCAUCUAGCGACACUAAGAAUGAAACACAAGAAAAGCCUAAAUUAAAAGACAAUGAAGAAAAGUCCCUUCGUAAAAAAUCAACUAUUAAAGAUAAGGAUGUUGACAAAGGUGAAGACAUUAAAGAAUUAAAGAACUACAUAGAUAAACCACAACCAAAGAAACGAUCGUCACUAAAAGACACAAAGGAUGUGGAGGAAGAGUUCGUCGACGACUAUGAAAGGCCAGUCCUUGAAAAAUACGAAAAAAUAACACCAACACCACUUGAAAAAAGAAAAAAGGAUGACAAAACUCCUGAAGAUGUUUCUUCAGCUACAGUCCAAAGGCGACGUUCUGUUAAAGAUAAAGAUAAGCCAGAGCCAAUGGAUGUCGACGAAGAAGAAAGCUUCACUCAACAGAAAAAAACAAUUAAGCCUGGAGAUGCUCCCGAAGACGUUUCUUUAACACAUAAAACACCUGCUGAAAAAGAACUAACGGCGGGUGAGGCUAGAGCAAAUCUUAAAGUUAAAAAACCGGAAAUUAUUGAAGACAAGACAAUUAAACGGCCUAAAGACAAAACUAAACAGGUUGAAGAUACAGAAGAAUCAGUGAAUGUAUCCAAACCAAGAACAAAAACAAGUACGACAGCCCCCGAAGAGGCAUCACUUACGCAAAAAACACCCACGAAGAAAAAGCCAACGGAGGGUUCUGAAGCUGCUGCACUCAAGGUUAAAAGACCAGGAGUGGUCAAGAAAAAAGAUGAUGAUGCAGAGGAACCGCUUACAGUUCAAGGUGGUAAAUUUCAAGUACCACAACUCAAGAAAACCACAAAGAAAACACAGGACAAACCAAAAACAGCUACACUUGACAACGAAAACGGCAGCGGGUAUGAAUUGGACUUCGUUGAUGAUUAUGAGAGACCAGUUCUUGAAAAGUAUGAGAAGAUAACACCAACUCCUACUGUGCGAGAGAAGAAAGAAAAGGAAGUCUCGCAGACUGAAAGCCGACGUACUUCGACGUCAUCGGUACAAAGUGAGGUACAAGAAAUGAAAACGGAGAGCCGACGAAGCUCUAUCAUUGAGAACAAAGCUGUAAAGCUCACAAAGGAGACAGCAGAAAGCAGAAAAUCGUCGAUAUCUUCUAUAUCAGAGCAUGAACAAGUCUCCACAUUAAGAAAGGGAUCGCUCAAGACCGCUGUAAAACAAGAGGCCGUGAAUGAACUAGAAAAGGUUAAACUGAAGGAGACGAUGAAUGAAAACGAUGAAAGUAUUGACAAUGACAAAAAUGAACAAUUACACUCUUGGCGACCUACGAAUACAGACACUAAGGAUGAUGUUUCAAAGACACACCCAAAACGUAGUAUGAGCUUAGACCAGUCCAGGCCAAAAGACGUAAUAACGCGGAGUCAUAGUCAGAAUGAGGACACUGAGGGAAGAACUGACACUAAAGUUCAUAAUAGUUUGGAAAAUCGAAAAGGUUCAACUUAUAGUUCUUUCAUGCCUACACUUCGUGCUGAUAAUGAGGAAUCAAGUGAAGAUGACGAUUUUACAAAAUACACUGAAAUGCGACGUCUAACAGCUAUUGGUCGACAUAUAAGACCAAUUUAUCCUGACGAAGACGAGGAAAACAAUGCUAAUAUAAGUUCAGACACAUAUAAUACUAAAGCAGCAGAUAAAGAUGUAUCAGACGAAACGUCUGAGUCUCCAUAUCCAUGGCGUCGUCAAAAUAAAACUCAGGAGGUCUCUGAGGAAAGAUCUGAUACAAAUGACACACCAAAUAACACCACAGAAAACACACUUUAUCCAUGGAGAAAAACACAAGAGAUACCUACGCUCGUUGUACCAGAACCCGAAUCUAAACCAAACGAAAUAGCAUUUUCAUGGCAAGCUAUACCGGAAAUUCCUCAGGCUGAACAAACACCUGAAUUAGAGGAUACAUACAAACCAACUCUUCUCGAAACAAAACCUAGUACAGUACCAUGGAGGAGGUCACAAUCUCUUCAGGCAACAGACAAAGAAGAAAAUAAACCUUCAUUAGAAACAUCAGGUGUAAUUAGCAGCACCCCACAAAAUAUUGUUGACGAGAAACUUGCAACAAAAGAAGAAAAAAUAGAAGAACAAGCCAAAAAAGCGAAAAUCACAUCAGUUAAGAAAAAGGCAGAAGAUUUACCUGAGAUACCUGAUUACGAACGGCCCGAUCUUGAAAAGUUCGAAAAGAUGGAGUUUACAAAAACUACAAAGGAAAAAGCAGAAAAAGAUCAGGUUGAAAAACCAAAGGUUCCUGAGAUCAAGGCACCAGAAGAUGAACCUGCUGCACCUAAGAUCGAGGUCAGCCGAGAAAAGUCUCCUAAGCCUGAAACACCAAGAAAGCCUUCACUUUCACCAGUUCCCCCUGUAAGAAGAGGUUCUCUCAUUCCUCCACCGGAGGAAAUGGGUAGACGGCCCUCGCUUAUCAUCAGUGAUGAGGUCACGAAAUUGCGUCCUGGAGAAGUUUUAGACGAGAAAAAGAAACGUGGCAGACCGGGUGAAAUCGCGGACGAGCGAAGGAAAUCUGGUGACGCUAGAAGACCUUCCAUUCAAGAUUUAGAAGACUUGAUCAACAAACCUUCGGUACCCCUUAAACCACUUGGAAAUGAUGGUCCACCAUCGAUUGUAGACGUUCAAGAGAACUACACAGCCGUUGAAGAUCAAACUGGAUACAUCACAAUCCAAGUCGAGGGUAACCCAGCACCAACAUUCAAGUUCUACAAAGGCGUUACGGAAAUCAUCGAAGGAGGUCGCUUCAAAUUCAUCACCGAUGGUGAAACAGGCCUCAUCACACUUUGUAUGCGUAAAGUCAAGCCCAAUGAUGAAGGUCAAUACCGUGUUGUCAUCAGUAACAUUCACGGCGAGGAUUCUGCUGAAACAAUUCUUUACGUAUCUGAUUCCAGUGGUAUGGACUUCCGUGCCAUGUUGAAGAAACGAAAGUAUAAAAAAUGGGGUGAACCAAAGGAAGACCCCAAUUGGGGUGAUCUGAAAGAAGUAGAAAAACCACUGCCUGCUCUAAAGAAAGUGGAAAAGGGCUUAGAAACCGGAUAUUUUGAAGAUGACAAUCAAAUUGUGGUUGUGUCCGAGGGUCGCGAGAUGCUUAGAUUUCCAUCAGACAGGCGCAACUCCUCAAACUGGUCGUGGGUUAAGGGCAUAUAUCAAAUUCGGAGACGAAUGUCUUUACCCGAAAUUAUACCUGAUUGGCCUGAUUUGAUGGAGGCUGUCAAAAUAAAGAAACAAGAGACUUUCUUGAAACCCCUCGUAGAUCAAAACGCAAAAGAAGGUAAAGACAAGAAGGUUGUUUUCGAAGCUAUCUUCUCUAAGCCUAACUCUAAACCGAAAUGGUUGUUCCGUAAAGAUGAGCUUUUCCCAGGUUCAAAGUACAAGAUGACGAAUGAACAAGAUUCGUACAAAUUGAUAAUAAUGAACCCAAAAGUAGAGGACACGGGUAAAAUUACUAUUGAAAUUGGUGGUGUAACAUGUUCAGCGUUCUUACAAGUUGACGAACCAGAUCCAACAUAUACAUUCACCAAGCAUCUGAAGAAAACACUCACAGGUUUCACUCGGCAUGAGGUUUUGCUUGAAUGUGCUGUAUCAAACAGUUUGGCGAUUGUCUCAUGGUGGAAAGGCGAAGAAAAGCUGGAAGACAAUGACGAUAUUUCAAUAUCAAAAGACUUGUCUGGAGGUUGCAAAUUGAUUAUUAAGAAAGCUAAAAUGGAAGAUGCUGGCAAAUAUUCGUGCAGAAUUGAGAAGCAAACGGAAAAAACUGAAUGUGACUUGAAAAUUGUCGAAUAUGAAUACAAGUUCACCAAGGUACUGAAAUCACAGCAAGCCAUUGAAAAGGACACCAUCACCUUAAUUUGUGAGCUGGACGAUGCUGCUGGUGAUGUGAAAUGGUUUAAAAACGAUCAACCAUUUAAGGGUGAUAAGAGAGUCACAAUUGUGAAAGAAGGACGUAAACGAAAAAUUGUGAUCAAGGAUGCUAAAGUGACAGACGCCGGCAAUUUCAAAUGUGUAAGCAACGCAGAUGAGACCGCUUGCGAACUGAUCGUCAAUUACUCAAAUCGCUUCAACAAGAAGUUGAAGGAUACAGAAGCAAUUGAGAGGGAUAGAGUUGUACUUGAAGUGGAACUCCAAGAUCAGACAGCAGAAGCUGUGUGGUCGUUUAAUGGUCAACCCAUCGUCCCUGAUGACAGAAUUGAAAUCAAGAACCUGGGUGGUGGUAAACAUCAACUUAUAUUUAACAAAUUAGAAAUGGAAGACGACGGUGAAAUCUUAUGCGAGUCAGGAAAGCUGUCUUCGUCAUGUAAACUGUCCGUGAAGAAGGGAGAAUCUAAACCAACUAUCGAAUGUCCUGAUGAGUUCCACGGAACUGCCGGAAAUCCAUUCGUUAUAGAGGUGCCUUAUAAAAUUUCUGGCACACGAGUAUCGCAAAUUGAGGCCAAGCUUAUUAAAGACGGUAAAAUAUUACCAAACAAAGAAGUUGAGGCCGUGGUUGAACAGGAAAAAGUACUGUUCAAACUUAAGAAGCCGGUCAGAGAAGGCUCAGGAAAAUAUCAAAUUAAGCUUUCAAAUUCACAAGGCGAAGACGUUAAGGAUGUUAAUAUUAUAAUGCAAAGUGCACCGUCUCCACCUCAGAACGUGGAGGUUGCUGAAGUCUUCCAAACAUCUUGCGUUGUAACAUGGAAGGUACCGCAAGACGAAGGUGGAUCGCCAAUCAUUAAAUAUAUUAUUGAAAGACAGGACUUGUCACUUAAAGCAGCCUGGGACAAUGUCGCUGAGGUUGCACAGGGCGAACCAACCAAGUACAAGGUUGAGGAUCUGAUCCCCAAGAAAACAUACAAGUUCAGAAUCCGUGCUGUUAACAAGAUUGGUUCUAGUGAGCCUGGAAUGUUCUCGAAGCCAGUACUGGCGAAAGAUCCCUGGGAUGAACCAUCGAAACCAAAGAGUGUCUCAGUUGUGGAUUGGGACAAAGAUCACGCAGAUAUUAAAUGGGAGAAACCAGACAAUGAUGGCGGUGCUCCAAUCACUGGAUACUAUAUCGAGUACAAGGAGAAAUUCGGCAAAGACUGGGUAAAAGGAGUCGAAGUAUCUGGUGAUGUCCUGUCUGCAACUCAGGACCUCCUCAAGGAAGGCUGCACGUACGAGUUCAGGGUCCGUGCUGUCAACAAGGCUGGACCUAGUGAGCCAAGCGAGAGCACUAAGCCUAUUGUGGCUAAGUGCAGAUUCGUAAAACCGUAUAUCAUUGGCGAGGGUCUACAGGGCAUGAUUAUCAAGAAGGGUCAGGUUAUCACCUUUGAUAUCAAGUACGGAGGUGAGCCUGAACCCGAGGUGAAAUGGCUGAAAGGAGAAGAGAGACGCGGCAAGGCGUACACAGAGAAGGAAGUACAUGAUGAUGGUGAACGUAUCACCAUUGACAAGUAUGAGAGGAACACGGUGCUGACGGUUAGAAAGACCACGAGGCCAGAUAGUGGAAAAUACCAUUUGGUGCUGACAAACUCUUCGGGAACGUGUGAAAGUAUUGCUGAUGUUGUAGUACUAGACAAACCGAAUCGUCCAAAUGGCCCGCUCGAGGUUGUGGAAAUUCGUGCUGAGAAGGCAACAGUCAAAUGGCAGAAACCAGAUGACUGGCAAGGCUCCGACAUUACUGGGUACACGUUGGAGAAAUUGGAUAUGGACACUGGCAACUGGAUUCCUUGUGGUGAAACUGGUGCUGAACCCACUGAAUUCACGGUGAAGGGUCUCACGCCCAACCACAAGUACAAGUUCCGAGUUCGCGCUGUCAAUAAGGAGGGAGAGUCGGAGCCCUUGGAGACAGAUGGAUGCAUUGUUGCAAAGAAUCCGUAUGAUCCUCCAAAGGCACCUGGAAAGCCAGUUAUCAAUGAUUAUGACAACAUGUCAGUCACACUCCAAUGGGAGCCACCCACAGAUAACGGUGGCAGACCAGUUUUGGGAUAUGUCAUUGAGAUGAAAGACAAGUUUACUGCUGAUUGGAUUGAGGUAUUGAAGACAAAUGACAUCAAAACUGAAGCCAAGGUUGAAGGUUUGAAAGAGAAGAUGAUCUACCAGUUCCGAGUGAAAGCUUAUAACAAAGCUGGAGUUGGAGAUGCAUCUGAGCCUACGGACAAUCAUCUCUGCAAGCAUAGAAACUUGCGGCCACGUAUUGAACGAAGCACUUUCAAAUCGGUCAUCAUCAAGGCUGGUCGUACACACAAAUGGUCUGUGGAUGUGUUUGGUGAACCACCACCGGAAAAGACCUGGUCUUGGCGCGAAAAUAUUAAACUUGUGAACACUGAGCGCAUCAAGAUAGAAAAUCAAGAUUACCACACAGAUUUUACAAUUGUCAAUGCUGUGAGAAGAGACACUGGCCAAUACACUCUGAGGGUUGAAAAUUGCAAUGGCUUUGACCAGGAGACUGUUGAACUUACAGUGCUCAGUAAACCAAGUGCACCUAAAGGACCUCUGGAAGUACUUGAUGUCCAUGCAGAAGGGUGCAAGGUCAGAUGGGAGAAGCCCGAAGAUGAUGGCGGCUCACCAGUCAAAGAGUAUGAAGUUGAGAAAAUGGAUCUCGCCACCGGAAAGUGGGUGCGAGUUGGAAGGGUUGCUGGUGAUAAGAAACCUCUGGAGAUGGAGGUGACUGGACUGGAGCCAGGUCAUCAGUAUAAGUUCAGAGUCUCUGCAGUCAACGAUGAGGGUGACUCAGAACCUCUUGAGGCUGAGAAGGCUAUACUAGCUAAGAAUCCUUAUGAUGUUGCCGAUAAGCCUGGCAACGUAGAAGUCGCUGAUCACGACAACCAGAGCGCAGAAAUCAAAUGGGAUCCUCCAUCUUCGGACGGUGGUGCGCCCAUACAGAAGUACAUCAUACAGAAGAGACCAAAGGGUGGCAACUGGGAAGAUGCCGCUGAGGUACCUGGCAACGCGACCAGUGGCAAAGUGGAAGGUUUGCCCGAGGGCGGUGAGUUCGAGUUCCGAGUGAUUGCGGUCAACAAGGCCGGGCCCUCGGAGGCAUCCGAGCCCACCAAGAUGACCACAAUCAGACAUAAAUCAUUGAAGCCACGCAUCGACCGCACCAAUUUGAAGGCUUUGACAGUUCGCGCUGGAAAGCCAAUAUUCUUCGAUGUGAAUGUGAAGGGAGAACCAGCGCCAAAGGUGCAGUGGUUCCAGAAGUGGAAGAAGGAAGAAAAGGAGGUGACAGAGAACGUGGUAAACGUGGAUUACAACACGAAACUGGACAUCAAGGAGUCAGUGCGCGCUAUGAGUGGCGUGUACCGUAUCCUGGCCACCAACCAGCACGGCAAAGACGAAGCCGAGGUGGAGAUCACCGUGCUCUCGUCUCCGAGCAAACCGGGCGGCCCGCUCAAGGUCACUGACGUCACCAAGAACGGCUGCAAGCUGGCCUGGAAGAAACCGGAGGACGAUGGCGGUAAGCCAGUGACCGGCUACGUGGUAGAGAAACUGAACAAGGCUACCGGCAGAUGGGUGCCGGUGGGCAAGACUGACGAUACAGAGAUGGAGAUCAAGGGACUGCAGGAAGGAGAGGAGUACGAGUUCCGCGUCAGAGCCGUCAAUGAUGAGGGAGAGAGUGAGCCGUUGAAAACAGAUCACUCCAUUGUGGCUAAGAAUCCUUAUGACAUCCCCGGUAAGCCCUCAGUGCCUACCAUCGAGGACUGGGACGUUGACCGCGUGGACCUCAAGUGGGAGGCGCCCAAGAACAAUGGCGGAGCUCCCAUCACUGGCUACGUCAUUGAGAAGAAGGACAAGUUCGGCACCUGGCAGGAGGCACUUGUCACUACGACACCAGAAUGCAAGGCCAGGGUGCCAGAUCUGAAGGAAGGCAACACGUACCAGUUCCGCGUGCGUGCUGUCAACAAGGCGGGUCCCGGAGAACCCGGGGAACCCACACAACCGCACCUGGCUAAGGCCAGGUUCUUGAAGCCGCUCAUAAACCGAGACAAGAUGGUGGCGGUGCGUGUCCGUGCCGGUACCACCAUCAGAUUGGACGUGGACAUCAAGGGUGAACCUCCACCGACCAAGACCUGGACCUUCGCAAACAAGGUCAUCGAGACCGGACCUGGGUUCAAGCUCGAGAACGAGGACUACAACACCAGGCUGCAGAUAUUCGAGUCCUCGUGGAAGAACUCCGGUAUAUAUACCCUGAAGGCGGAGAAUGACUCAGGGAAAGACGAGGCUACUGUCGAAAUUACUGUACUGGAUAAACCAGGCAAGCCUGAAGGUCCACUGGAGGUGUCUGACGUCCAUGCUGAACACGUGAAGCUGGCGUGGAACAAGCCCAAACACACGGGCGGGUUGCCGCUCAGCGCUUACAUCGUUGAGAAGAUGGACACCCUCACCGGCAAGUGGUCACCUGCCGGCACCAUUGACCCGGACGUCACACAGGCUACAGUUACUGGCCUAGAACCAGGUAGAACUUACCAGUUCCGCGUGAAGGCGCUGAACGAGGAAGGCGAGUCGGAACCCUUGGAGACAGACCAUGGCAUCCUCGCCAAGAAUCCAUACGACGUCCCGGCGCCGCCAGGUCUGCCGGACAUCGUGGACUGGGACGAGAAGUCAGUCAAGUUGAAGUGGGAGCCGCCCAUCCGGGAUAACGGAGCGCCAAUCACCGGAUACGUCAUUGAGUUCAUGGAUCGAGAUAGGGGCGAGUUUGUGAAGGCUGCUGAAGUACACGGCAACGUGUGCCAGGGAACCGUUCCGAAGCUGGAGGAGGGCAACCAGUACCAGUUCCGAGUGAGAGCCAUCAACAAGGCGGGGCAGUCCGAACCCUCCGAGAAUACCAACUGGCACACCGCGAAGCCAAGAUUCCUGAAACCACGCAUCGACCGCACAAAUCUGAACCCCAUCACAGUCAAGGCUGGCCUGCCAGUUUCUUUAGACGUGAAGGUCUUUGGUGAACCACCAGCCACCGUCACCUGGCACUUCAAGGACCAAGAGCUGAGCAACCGCGAGAACCUGGAGAUUAUCAAUGUGGACUAUAAUACCAAGUUCCUGAUGAUGAAGACGAAGCGGGCGAACAGCGGGAAGUACGUGAUCAAGGCGAAGAACGAGGUUGGGGAAGACGAGGCUGAGGUGGAAAUCACUGUGCUUGGUAAACCGUCGAAGCCUCAAGGACCGCUGGAAGUGUCAGAUGUCACCAAGAACGGCUGCAGCCUGGCGUGGAAGAAGCCGGAGGACGAUGGCGGCUCUCCCAUCGAGUACUACGAGAUUGAGAAACUCGACCCGCUUACAGGACAAUGGAUACCGUGCGGCACUGCAAAGGACUGCAAAGCCAACGUAGCAGGCCUGCAGGAAGGCAAACCUUACAAGUUCAGAGUAAAGGCCGUCAACAAGGAGGGAGAGUCCGAAGAACUAGAGACUGAGAAGACUAUUGUUGCCAAGAAUCCGUUUGAUGAGCCUGGCAAGCCUGGCCGACCAGAGCCGAGAAAUUGGGACAAGGACUUUGUGGAGCUGGAGUGGUCCGCGCCCAAGGACGAUGGCGGUGCACCCAUCACGGGCUACAUCGUGCAGAAGAGGGAGAAGGGAGGACGAACAUGGCAAGACUGCCUGAAGACGUCGGGCGAGCGGCCGUGCGGGCGCGUGACCGACGUGGAAGCUGGUCACGAGUACCAGUUCAGGGUGCUGGCCGUCAACAAGGCUGGACCUGGCGAACCCUCGGAUCCCAGCAAGAGUGUCAUCGCCAAGCCGAGAUUCUUGGCACCCAAAAUUGACCGCAAGAACCUCCAGAAACGCAAGAUCAAAGUGGGACAGACCCUCAAAUUCGAAGCGGACGUUCAAGGAGAACCGGAACCCACAAUCACGUGGGCUCUGAACGACAAGACCCUCAAAUCAGAUGAGAGGCUGAAGAUAGAGAACCAGGAUUACCACACCACUUUCACGCUGCUCAAGGUGACCAGGGCUGACGGUGGAAAAUACGUGGUGUCUGCGAAGAACGAUUCCGGCGUCGACAGCGUGGAGAUUGAGGUUUCUGUUGUUAGCAAGCCCGCCAAACCCAAGGGACCUUUGAAGGUAUCAGACGUGAAAGCAGACGGCUGCAAGCUUAAGUGGGAGGCUCCUGAAGACGACGGAGGCGAACCCAUCGAGAGCUAUGUGGUGGAGCGGAUGGACACGGAGACAGGGCGCUGGGUGCCCGUGUGCACGACCAAGACUCCCGAGGCUGACGUCACGGGACUCAACGAGGGCAAGGACUACAUGUUCAGGGUCAAGGCUGUCAACCCCGAGGGCGAGAGUGAGCCCUUGGUUACAGAGACAGCGACGACCGCAAAGAAUCCAUAUGGCGAACCGGAUGCUCCCGGCAAACCGGAAUUCAAGGACUGGAGUGCGAACCACGUGGACCUCAAGUGGGAGAAGCCCACCAACGAUGGUGGCGCACCCAUUACCGCAUACAUUGUGGAGAAGAAGGAUCGCGACACUGGCAAAUGGGUGAAGGCGGUCGAGGUCCCUGGAAACAAAACAGAGGCUCGAGUGCCAGACCUGAUCGAGGGAAAGACCUACCAGUACCGGGUGAAGGCCGUGAACAAGGCUGGGCCGGGCAAGGCGUCCCAACCCACCGAGAACCUGCUGGCUAAGGACAGAUUUGCUCCGCCCCGCAUCGACCGCAGUAACAUGCGCGACCUCACGCUGAAGGCCGGACAGAACAUCAGACUGGAUGUGAAGGUGUCGGGAGAACCGCCUCCGACCAAGACCUGGUUCCACAACAAGGAACGUCUCUCCACUCGGGAAGACCUAUCAGUGGACGUUGAGGACUACAGGACCAAGCUGUCUGUGGUGAUAGCGAGCAGGAAGCACAGCGGCACCUAUGUGCUGAAGGCAGAAAACAGCAGCGGCAGGGACGAGGCUACCAUCCAGAUCAUUGUGCUGGAUGUACCGGCCAAGCCUGAAGGACCGCUGAAGAUCUCAGAUGUACACAAAGAAGGCUGCAAUCUCAAAUGGAAUGCACCUUUGGAUGACGGUGGUGCUCCCAUAGACCACUACCUGGUUGAGAAGCUGGAUACCGAGACAGGAAGAUGGCUUCCAGCACUCAAGACCAAAGAUCCAAAGGCUGAAAUCGAAAACCUGGUCCCAGGACAUGAAUACAAGUUCAGAGUGUCUGCGGUGAACAACGAGGGUGUUUCAGAACCAUUGGAUGGUGAACACUCGAUCAUUGCUAAGAAUCCAUUCGACGAGCCCGGUAAGCCCGGCACACCCGAGGUGGUGGACUGGGACAAGGACCACGUGGAGCUCAAGUGGCAGAAGCCGAUCAAAGAUGGCGGCGCACCCAUCACGGGCUACGUCAUCGAGAAGAGGGAGGUCGGCUCGCCCAAGUGGGUGAAGGCUUGUGAAGUGGGACCCAACGACAACGACAAAGCGACCGUAGGUAAUCUGGACGAGGGCACAGAGUAUGAGUUCCGUGUCCGGGCUGUCAACGAGGCGGGACCAGGCGAGCCUAGCGACGCCAGCAAAUCUGUCACCUGCAAGCCCAGACGAUUGGCACCAAAGAUUGACCGGCGUAACCUUCGCGCUAUCAAAGUGCGUGAAGGCGAGCCGAUAUCUCUGGACGUGAAGGUGUCGGGUGAACCCGCCCCAGAGGUCACGUGGUCGCUCAACAGCAAGAUCGUUAUCUCCGGCAAUGGACUUAAACUUGUGAACGUGCCUUACCUGAGCAAGUACCAACACUCGAGUCCGCGUCGCAAAGACUCCGGCACGUAUAAGAUACAGGCGGUCAACAAGUACGGACAAGACACCGCCGAGUUGGACAUCACAGUUGUUGGAAAACCAGAGAAGCCUGAAGGACCUCUAGAAGUGUCGGACAUUCACAAAGAGGGCUGCACCCUCAAGUGGAAGAGGCCCAAAGACGACGGUGGAGAGCCGAUCGAGGCGUACGUCGUCGAGAAGUUCGACACGGAGACCGGGACAUGGCUGCCGGUCGGAAAGACCAUCGGCAAUGUGCCUGAAAUGGAGGUCGACGGCUUGAUUCCUGGCCACGAGUACAAGUUCCGGGUGAAGGCCGUCAACAAAGAAGGAGAGUCAGAACCGCUAGAGACAUUCGGUGCCAUCGUCGCUAAGGAUCCGUUCACGGUACCCGAGGCGCCUUCAGCACCGGUACCCGAAGACUGGUCUGGCAGCCAUGUUGAGCUGAAGUGGUCGGCUCCGAUCUCGGACGGCGGCUCGGCAAUCAUCGGCUAUAUAGUCGAGAUGAAAGACAAGUAUAGCCCGCUGUGGGAGAAGGCGAUAGACACACAUUCGCCAACGCCUGCUGCUACUAUCAAUGGACUAAUAGAAGGCAACGAGUACCAGUUCCGUGUAAUAGCGGUCAACAAGGCUGGUCAAAGUAAACCUUCGGACGCCAGCAAGACAUUCACGGCCAAGCCGCGCUUCCUUGCGCCCAAGAUCGACAGGAGACACCUUCGAGACGUGACGCUGUCUGCUGGAACCACUCUGAAGCUGGAGGCGGUCAUCACAGGAGAACCAGCGCCAGCUGUUGAAUGGAGAUAUCAAAACAUGCCGCUACGUCCAUCGAAGGCGGUGACGAUCGACUCGCCAGACUACUUCACCAAGCUCGUGGUGCGACCCGUGCGCCGCGACGACUCUGGAGAGUACACGGUCACCGCUGUGAACUCAACCGGCAAAGACACGGUCACCAUCAAGGUGUUGGUGACGGACAAACCGUUGAAACCGGAGGGACCGUUACAGAUAUCGGACGUGCACAAAGAGGGCGCCACCCUCAAGUGGAAGCGGCCCAAGGACGACGGCGGCGCACCCAUCGAGUACUACCAGAUCGACAAGCUGGACACGGAGACAGGAGUAUGGGUUCCGUGCGCCAGGUCCGAGGAGCCUCGGUGCGAUGUGACCGGUCUGACUCCCGGCAAGGAGUACAAGUUCCGCGUGGCCGCUGUCAACACGGAGGGAGAAUCAGAGCCUCUGGUGUCGGAGACCAGCAUUGUUGCCAAGAAUCCAUUUGACGAGCCCGGUGCUCCCGGCACUCCAACAGUGACAGACUGGGACAAAGAUCACGUGGACCUCAAGUGGACACCGCCGAAGGAAGAUGGCGGUGCGCCCAUCGAGGGUUACGUGGUGGAGAAGAAAGACAAGUUCGGCAACUGGGAGAAGGCGUUGGAGGUUCCGGCAGAUAAGACCAACUGCACCGUGCCCGAUCUGGUGGAAGGACAGACUUACGAGUUCCGCGUACGCGCGGUGAAUAAGGCUGGGCCAGGAACUCCUAGUGAUAGCACGCACCCCAUUGUGGCCAAGCCUCGCAACCUGGCGCCCAAGAUUGACAGGACGAACCUGAUCGAUGUAAAGAUCAAGGUCGGACAGAAGUUCGCUUUCGACGUCAAGGUGUCGGGAGAACCGAUGCCGGAGACCAAGUGGUUCCUCAGCAAGCGCGAGGUGAAGACGUCAGGCGACACGAAGGUGCAGCAUGGAGACUACAACACGAAGAUUACGUGCAAGAGCGCGCGCAGAGGUGACAGCGGCCGGUACACCAUCACCGCGGAGAAUUGCAACGGCAAGGAUGUGGCCGAGGUCGAGGUGAUCGUACUGGACGUGCCCAGCCCGCCAGGUGGUCCACUCAAGGUAUCGGGUGUGCACGCAAACGGUGCGACACUGUCAUGGAACCCACCCGCAGACGACGGCGGGCAGCCCAUUGACAAGUACGUCGUAGAGCGGAUGGACGAGGCGACUGGCCGUUGGGUGAACGCUGGCGAGACUGACGGGCCCGUGACAACCCUGGCCGUCGACGGACUUCAGCCCGGACACAAGUAUAAGUUCCGCGUCAGGGCUGUCAACAGACAAGGAAAGUCCGAGCCGCUCACAACGCCACACGCGACGGAGGCAAAGAAUCCCUUCGACGUGGCAAGCAAACCUGGCACACCCAGGAUUAAGGACUUCGACAAGGACUUUGUUGAGCUUGACUGGACUAGGCCAGACAGUGACGGAGGCGCGCCCAUUACAGGAUAUGUCAUUGAGAAGAAGGAUAGAUUCUCGCCUGAUUGGGAGGAAUGUGCUCAGAUCGAAGGUGACGUGACAUCUGGUAAAGUGCCGGAUCUGAUAGACGGAAACACGUACGAGUUCCGCGUUCGUGCUGUCAACAAGGCAGGCAAAGGUGAACCUAGCGAUGGAACUGCUCCUCAUCUUGCAAGACCUAAAAACCUGCCACCGAAGAUCGAUAGGAACUUCAUGUUCGAUAUCAAGAUAAAGGUUGGACAGAACUUUGAACUUGACGUACCAGUUGCUGGAGAACCAACACCUACUAAAGAAUGGAUUCACGCUGAUAAUGUCGUAUUAAAUACUGACAGGAUAAAAAUCGUUAACGACGACCAUUCUACUAAAAUCAGAGUCGUGGACGCUAAACGAAUCGAUACAGGAGUGUAUACACUCAAAGCUAAAAACAUCAACGGCACUGAUACAGCGACUGCUAAAAUUUUAGUUAUGGACGUACCUACAGCUCCAGAAGGACCUCUUAGAGUUGAUGAUAUCACAAAAUCUGGCUGCACAUUGAGAUGGCGUCCUCCUAAAGAUGACGGUGGAUGUGAGAUAACACACUAUGUUGUCGAGAAAAUGGACCAAGAAAACUUACGCUGGGUACCUGCCGGAGAAGUACAAGGAACCAAUAUUAGGAUUGAUCAUCUCAUCGAGGGACAUGAUUAUAACUUCCGUGUCCGCGCUGUGAAUAGAUUAGGUGAAUCUCAACCACUUGUUGGGCAAGAGCCAAUCACUGCCAAAGAUCCCUACGGUACUCCAGAUAAACCUGGAACCCCUGUUGUCAAGGAUUGGGAUAAGGAUCAUAUGGAUAUUGAAUGGGUUCCACCAAAGAAGGAUGGUGGUUCACCAAUAACUGGAUAUGUCAUUGAAGCUAAGAAGAAAUACGGACCGUGGGAAGUCGCAGCGACUGUUCCUGGUAAUACAACGACUGCCACGAUUCCAGGAUUGCAAGAAGGUGAAGAAUAUGAAUUCAGAGUAAUUGCUGUUAACAAAGCUGGUAAUGGAGAGCCUAGCGAUGCUUCAACACCGCAAGUCGCUAAAGCCAGAUUCUGCGCUCCAACAUUCGACAAAAUGCUCCUGGCUGAUAAGACUGUCAAGGCUGGUCAAAGAAUACAGUAUGAAAUACCAAUAGAAGCGGCACCGAAACCAACUGUCGAAUGGCAGAUUAACGGCAAAACUGUUCAGCCAUCAGAUAGAAUCGACGUACAGAUAUUACAUAACAGAGUCAUUUUAGACAUUCCAUUUUCAGUUCGUGCCGAUGGAGGCAUUUACAAACUGACUCUUAAGAAUGACUUGGGUGUUUGCUCGGCAAGUGCACAAGUCACUGUUCUGGACAAACCGUCUAGACCAGAGAAGCCGUUAGUAGUGUCUGACGUCACUAAAGAUUCCUGCUCACUAUCUUGGAAAGUACCCCUCGACGACGGAGGUUCGCCGAUAUUGCAUUAUGUUAUUGAGAAAAUGGACUUAACUCGUGGUACUUGGUCAGAUGCUGGUAUGAGUACAUACCUGUACCAUUCUGUAACAAGAUUAAUUCAUAAGAAGGAGUAUUUGUUCAGAGUAAGUGCAGUCAACGCAAUUGGACAAUCUGAACCAUUAGAACUUGAUCGGGCAAUCGUUGCUAAGAAUGAGUUUGAUGAACCAACAGCGCCUGGAAAACCGCAAGCGACUGACUGGAGCAAGAACCACGUUGACCUGGAAUGGACUCCGCCCAAAUCUGAUGGUGGCUCACCAAUUACCGGAUAUAUUAUUCAAAAGAAAGAAAAGGGUAGUCCUUACUGGGUCAACGCAGCCCAUGUGCCAUCUAAUAAAAACAAGGCUACAAUUCCUGAUUUGGUGGAAGGACAAGACUAUGAGUUCAGAGUGAUCGCUGUGAACCAAGCUGGACAAUCCGAACCAAGUGAACCAUCUGAUAUUAUCACUGCUAAAGACAGAUUUGUUGCGCCAAAGAUCCUUACACCACUCAAGGAGAUCAGCAUCAAGGCUGGCCUCAUUUUCCACUUAGAUGUGGACUUCAUUGGUGAACCAACACCUGAAGUUAAAUGGACUUGCAACGGCAAACCCGUUGUUACAAACGAGAGAACAACAGUAACAUCAGUUGGCCACCACACUAUCAUUCACACGGUCAAUUGUAAGAGAACAGAUGCCGGCAAAUAUAAUUUAUCAUUAAAGAACGAUUCUGGUUCGGACGAAGGCAGCUUCGACCUAAUCGUACUAGAUGUGCCCGGACCUCCAGAGGCUCCUAUCACAUAUGAAGAAAUCACAGCACAGUCAGUCACGCUAUCGUGGAAAGCACCUAAAGACACAGGUGGCAGUGAACUCACUGCUUAUGUCAUUGAGAAACGUGAUCUGACUCACGGUGGAGGUUGGGUUCCAGCCGUCACUUACGUCAAUCCAAGAAACACACACGCUACUGUACCGAGAUUAUCUGAGGGCACAAAAUACGAAUUCAGAGUAUUUGCUGAGAAUCUUCAAGGUCGCUCGGAACCGUUAGUUACUGACAAAUCUGUAGUCGCCAAAAACCAAUACACUGUCCCCGGAAAACCUGGCAAACCUGAGCUUGUCUCCGCAGAUAAGGAUCACAUUAAGAUCAAAUGGCCUUCGCCUAUAUCGAACGGUGGAUCAAAUAUUAUCGGUUACGACGUUGAAAGGCGUGACAAAGCUACCGGUCGGUGGAUCAAAGUUAACCGUGAACCGGUUAGGUUCAACGAAUACAAAGACGAUAGAGUACAAGAAGGUCACCAGUACGAAUAUAGAGUAUCUGCUAUUAAUGCCGCUGGCGCUGGUCAACCUUCAGAUGAAUCGAAUGUAUUUAUCGCUAAGCCAAUGAAGGAGAAGCCUAAGUUGAGCUUAGACCAUCUGAUUGGCCGCAAGAUUAAGGUGAGAGCUGGUGAACCAAUCAACAUUAACAUUCCAAUUGCCGGUGCUCCGACACCGACCGUUUCGUGGACCAAAGGAUCUAUUCCUCUCGUACCUUCGCACAGACUGUCCUCAGAAACGACAGCAGACAUUACUAAACUCAGCAUCGAGAAAUCGACUCGCGAUGAUGCUGGUAAAUACACAAUCACAGCGUCCAACGAGCAUGGUAAAGAUUCAGCUGAUAUCGAGGUUAUCGUUGUGGACAAGCCUGGACCACCAAAGGGUCCAUUGUCAUGCAUGCCAAUCACUCACGAUACCAUGAGCCUGACUUGGCAACCACCUACUGACGAUGGAGGCAGUGAAAUCACUGGUUACAUCGUCGAAGUGGCAGAAUUCGGUGUAAACGAUUGGCGAACAGUCGCCGGCUUCUGUCCUAAAUGCUCAUUCAACGUCAAGAACUUGACUGAAGGCAAGAAAUACGUAUUCCGAGUUCGUGCUGAGAACUUAUACGGUAUAUCUGAGCCACUGGAGAGCAAACCGAUCAUUGCCAAGUCACCAUAUGAUCCACCAGAUGCACCUGAUACGCCUAGGAUUACUGGCUACAGUGCUAACAGCUGCUCACUGGAAUGGGAGCCGCCAGCUAACACUGGUGGUAAACCAAUCAGUGGGUAUUAUGUUGAAAAGCGAGAACGCGGAGGCGAAUGGAUUAAAGUUAACAACUACCCAACGCCAAACACAUGCUACACCGUCCAGGACUUACGCGAAGGAAAUCGUUAUGAGUUCCGCGUUAUUGCGGUUAACGAAGCCGGGCCUGGCAAACCAAGCAAGCCCACAGAAUCUAUUGUCGCUGAGACACAGAGGCUUAAGCCUAGCCCGCCAGAGGCACCCAAACCGGACAGAGUUACCAAAGACUCUGUCACAUUAUCUUGGAGACCGCCUAAGAACGACGGUGGAUCUAAAAUUAAAGGAUACAUCGUCCAACAGAAAGCCAAAGGAGACAAAGACUGGAAGGACGUCAACGAUACGCCUAUACCGAGCCUCGUUCACACAGUACCGAAUCUCAAAGAGGGAGGAGAAUACCAGUUCAGGGUUAUCGCUGUAAAUGAUGUCGGCAAAUCUGAACCAAGCAAACCAACAUCAGACAUCACAAUCGCAGAACAGCCGAAUAAACCAUGCAUGGACCUUAGCGGUGUUAGAGACAUCACAGUCCGCGCCGGUGAAGACUUCUCCAUUCACGUUCCAUACACUGGCUAUCCACAACCCACUGCUUCAUGGUUUGCAGAUGACAACCUUCUAGAUGUCGAAGGUGAUUCGAGAAUCUUCCAAAAACUAACUCCGGAUUCCGCCUCACUUGUUGUGAAGGACGCUAAGAGAUCAGAUGGUGGACAGUACCGCUUACAGCUACGUAACCCGUCCGGUUACGAUACGGCUACUAUCAACGUCCGCGUAUUGGACAGACCGGGUAAGCCGGAGAACUUACGCGCGGAUGAAUUCGAAGGCGAAGCAUUAACCUUAUACUGGAACCCGCCCAAAGACAAUGGCGGUGGUGAAAUCACUAACUACGUGGUGGAGAAACGUGAAGCACGAACACCGACCUGGACUAAAGUUUCCGGAUAUGUCACCACGCCGUUCUUACGCGUGAAGAACCUGAGCGUUGGAAGGAGUUACGAGUUCCGCGUGAUGGCUGAGAACCAGUACGGUCAAUCUGAACCGGCGCAGACUCUUGAACCAAUCAGAGCCAGACAUCCGUUCGAUCCCCCAGGGGCACCUGGUGCUCCGAGGUCUGUUGAAACUACAGAGUCUUCUAUUACAAUAACAUGGUCCAAGCCACGUCACGAUGGCGGAUCACCAAUCACAGGAUACAUUCUCGAGAAGAGAUUGAUAACUGAUGAUAAAUGGAUUAAGGCGUGCCACGCCCACAUUCCAGACACUACGUAUAAGGUGACGGGGUUGAUAGAGAACCAUGAGUAUGAGUUCAGGGUGUCUGCAGUGAACGCAGCAGGACAGGGUCCGUGGUCUGCGAGCUCAGAUGCUAUCCGCGCUUGUGCGCCUCCUAACGCGCCGCGCAUCACCAGCGACUUGAGCCUCAGGGACAUCACCGUCAUUGCUGGCGAAGAGAUCAAGAUCACCGUGCCAUUCACCGGAAACCCGAUACCGAAGGUAUCCUGGAUGGUCAAUAAUGAGGAGGUGUUCCCUGACCAUCGCAUCCGCUUCGUUACUUCAGAGCGGGACACCGUGUUCAUUAACACCAGUGCCAAGCGGUCUGACACCGGAUCAUACUCCGUCAAGCUGGUGAACAGCGAGGGUUCUGACAGCGGCACUUGCAGGGUACUGGUAGUGGACAAACCAUCUCCACCGCUGGGUCCACUCGAUGUGUCCGACAUCACGCCGGACACGUGUACGUUGUCAUGGAAACCACCACUGGACGAUGGCGGCUCACCGAUCACCAACUACAUAGUUGAGAAAAUGGACAAUGUUGGAGUCUGGUCAAAGAUUUCAUCAUUCGUGCGCAGCUGUCAUUACAAUGUAAUGGGUCUAGAGCCUAAUCGCAAGUACAUGUUCCGCGUGCGCGCCGAGAACCAGUAUGGUGUGUCCGAGCCCUUAACAAUGGACGACUACAUCACUGCCAAGUUCCCAUUCACGGUGCCCGACGCUCCCGGCACCCCUCGCGUGACGGAGUGGGACGGAUCAAGCGCGACCGUAGUCUGGGACCGGCCGCGCUCUGACGGCGGCGCCAGGAUCCAGGGCUACAAGGUGGAAUUCCGGGACCUCAAGGACUCCGUGUGGUCCAGCGCAGACUACCUUGUCAAGGACUGCAACUACCAGGCGUACAACUUGGAGCCCGGACACGAGUAUGAGUUCCGCGUGCGUGCCAAGAACGCCGCCGGGCUCAGUAAGUACUCGGGUUCGUCUCAAGCGUUCCGCGUGCGUGCACGAGCCGGUCCGCCGAGUGCGCCGCGGUCGCCGCGCGUACUGCGUGUCGGACGCAACUACGUCGACCUGGCGUGGGAAGCGCCCUCUAGCGACGGUGGCUCUCGAAUCACGGGAUACGUCAUUGAACGUCGCGAGGCGUCCAGCUCAGUGUGGGUCAAGUGUAACGACUACAACGUGUUGGACACCAGCUUCACAGCGCUCAACCUGACGGAGAGAGCAGACUUCGAAUUCAGGAUCAUAGCUGUUAACUCUGCAGGCAAAUCUGAACCUUCAACUUGUACAACACCUGUACGUACCGGAGAUGAAGCUGGCGGGGCGAAGCCCGAAUGGCUGAAGAGACUGCCAGCCAACAUGGCGACGCCGCUCGGUAGACCCUGCGUUAUGGAGUGUGUGGCUUCUGGAAGUCCCACGCCAACCGGAAGGUGGCUGAAGAACGGCCGAGAGGUUGUACUUGGUACUAGAUUUAUUUCGGAGAGCCGCGAGGGAACUCUGCGGCUGCACAUCACAGAGGUGACGGAGGCUGAUGAGGGAGACUACACUUGCGAGGCGCACAACUCUCACGGACACGUAUACUGCAGCGUGCAUCUGAAGAUCGGAAGUCCGCCACGAAUCACUCGAAUGCCUGGCGACCUGCACCUGCCCGAACAUGAAAACACCAAGAUAAAGAUUCUGUACACGGGCGACCAGCCCGCUGACGUCACACUGUCGCGCGACGGUCGACAGAUCGCAGAGUCGCAACACCUGAAGUUCACCGUGUUCGACGAUUAUAUACUUAUAUUCAUUAAGGACAUCACCAAAGACGAUAUGGGUACAUACAAGGUGACAAUAAAGAACAAUUCGGGCGAGACAUCAGACUCGUUCUCGAUCUCAGUCACCGGUCUUCCCGGACCACCUCAAGGUCCUCUGGAGACCACAGACAUCACUAAACACACGUGCACGCUAUCGUGGAGGCCUCCCGCGUACGACGGCGGCCUUCCGGUCACUCACUACGUCGUGGAGAGGAUAGACGUGUCUGGAACCACCUGGAUUACCAUCGCGUCUUCUGUGAGGGACACCAAGUUCACCGUUCACGGCCUGACGGAGGGACAAGAGUAUAACUUCAGGGUGCACGCUGCCAAUGAUAAUGGUAUUGGACCUGGAUUAGAAGGCGUUAAUCCUGUCAAGGCAAAGGCACCAUUCGACCCACCGUCAGCACCUGGAGUUCCGAAGAUUUUGGAAGUUGGAGGUCACUUCGUGCACCUGGAAUGGGAUAAGCCAGAGAGCGAUGGAGGCGCUAGAAUACAAGGUUACUGGGUGGACAAGCGCGAAGUUGGCUCGCAGAGCUGGCAACGUGUGAACCCAGGGCUGUGCGUAGCGACGCAGCUCAACUGCGCCAACCUGAUCGAGGGUCGCCAGUACGAGUUCCGCGUGACCGCGCAGAACGAGGCUGGUCUGUCACCGCCGAGCACUAACAGUCAGCAAGUACGCCCACAAGACCCCACCGCCGCAACACCGCCAGAGAUAGUGAAGCCAUUGCGCAACGCCAAUUGCAUCCAGUACCACAACGCCAAGUUCCAGUGCACCAUCACCGGAUCACCGCGGCCUACCAUCACCUGGUACAAGGGUGCUCGUGAGAUAACGAACGGUCCUCGUCACCGCAUCUGGAGCGAAGGUGACGUGAACUAUCUGACGGUCCUUGACGUAUACGGCGAAGACGCAGACGAGUACGUGUGUCGCGCCGUCAACAAGGCGGGUGCCAAGAGCACGCGAGCUGAGCUUCUUAUCAUGACCGCUCCCAAGCUGAACGUACCGCCACGUUUCCGUGACUCAGCAUAUUUCGACAAGGGAGAGAAUGUCGUCAUCAAGGUGCCAUUUACCGGACACCCCGUGCCGAAGAUCACUUGGCAACGGGAGGGAGAGAGCAUAGAGUCUGGUCUGCACUAUCAUGUCGAGAGAAAGGAACGCCACGCUAUCCUGACAAUCCGGGACGCAAGUAAACUGGACUCAGGUCCGUACCGCAUCACCGCUGAGAACGAGCUGGGACAGGACACAGCCAUCAUCAACAUUGAGAUCAGCGAUCGUCCGGAUCCCCCUCGCUUCCCAGCCGUGGACAGCAUCGGUGUGGACUCGCUGGCUCUGAGCUGGAAGGCACCAAUGUGGGACGGAGGCUCCGACAUCACCAACUAUCUGGUGGAGAAGCGAGAGCAUCCCAUGAGCAGUUGGAUACGUGUUGGUAACACGAGGUUCACAACAAUGGCUAUAACGGGCCUGGCAUCAGGCAAGCAGUACGAGUUCCGCGUGUACGCCGAGAACAUAUACGGUCGCUCGGAGCCCAGUGAACCCACCUCGCUGGUAGCCACCAAAGCCAUCGUCAAGAAGGAGUUCAAGAAGAAGGAAUAUCCAGUUGACGAAACCGGCAAGCGUAUUCGCACCAACGCAGACCACGGCCCCGUGAAGGACUACGACAGCUACGUGUUCGACAUCUACAGCAAGUACGUGCCGCAACCGGUCGAGAUCAACACGUGCUCCGUGUACGACAAGUACGACAUCCUCGAGGAGAUCGGUGACUUCGUGAGAGCAUCCGUACGGAAAGCCCGCAGAGGCACAGGCGCGUUCGGCGUCGUGCACAGAUGCCGCGAGCGCGCCACCGGGAACAUAUUCGCGGCUAAGUUCAUACCGGUCGCGGGUGCGAUGGAGAAGGAGCUGAUCAAGAAAGAGAUUGACAUAAUGAACCAGUUGCAUCACCGCAAGCUCAUCAACUUGCACGACGCCUUCGAGGAUGAUGAUGAGAUGGUUCUCAUAUUUGAAUUCUUAUCUGGCGGCGAGUUGUUCGAGCGCAUCACAGAGCCCGGCUACAACAUGAGCGAGGCGGAGGCCGCUCACUACAUGCGGCAAGUGUGCGAGGGAGUCAGACACAUGCACGAACAAAACAUCAUCCAUCUCGAUCUGAAGCCCGAGAACGUCAUGUGCCAGACGAGAACCGGCACCGACGUUAAGAUAAUCGACUUUGGGCUAGCGACCAAGCUGGAUCCGAAUGAAGUAGUGAAGAUAUCGACAGGCACAGCCGAGUUCGCCGCGCCCGAGAUCGUAGAACGAGAACCCGUCGGCUUCUACACCGACAUGUGGGCAGUAGGCGUGCUCGCUUACGUGCUUCUGUCCGGUCUCUCGCCAUUCGCGGGCAACAACGACAUCGAGACGCUUAAGAACGUGAAGGCGUGCGACUGGGAGUUCGACGACGAAGCCUUCCAACACGUGUCUGAUGAUGCCAAGGACUUCAUCAGGAGGCUGCUUAUAAAGAGCAAGGAGAAGCGUCUGACAGCACACGAGUGUCUGAUGCACCCGUGGCUGGCUGGAGACACGGCGAGCAGGAGUGCUACCAUCGCGGCCGCCAGGUACCAGGCCUUCAGGGACAGACUGCGGCGCAGAUACGAGAACUGGUCUUCGUUCGUGCUGCCCAUCGGCAGGAUAAGCGAGUACAGCUCGCUGAGGAAACUUCUUAUCGAGAAGUGGAAGAUCUACGAUGGACAAUUCGAUCGUCGACAAGCGGCGCCACGGUUCGUCAUAAAGCCUCAGUCGGCGUUCUGUUACGAAGGCCAAUCCGUGAAGCUGUACUGCCGCAUCAUCGCUGUGGCCACGCCUACCGUCACGUGGUCGCACAACAACCGGGAGCUGCGGCAAUCCGUCAAAUACAUGAAGAGAUACGGAGGCGAUGACUACUACUUCAUCAUCAACCGCGCCAAGCUGGAAGACCGCGGUGAAUACAUCAUUCGCGCUGAGAACCACUACGGGUUCAGGGAGGAAAUAGUCUUCCUGAAUGUACAACCCGUGCCUAAAGUACAACGGCAGCACCUGCCAGAGGCGCCGCGUCGUCGUGAACACACACCCUACACGUUCUGGGCGGAAAGCAGUGAGACAGCGCCGUCCUUCACCUUCCUGCUGCGACCCAGGGUCAUGCAAGCGAGGGACACCUGCAAACUGCUGUGCUGUCUCAGCGGCAAACCUCAUCCAACUGUCAAAUGGUACAAGGAUAAGCGAGAGUUGUCGAAGUACGACUACGCGAUGACGAACUCUGAUGGCGUGGUUACAAUGGAGAUUAUCGACUGCCGACCGGAGGACAGUGGAAAGUACACCUGUGUGGCCACCAACAAGCAUGGCACCGACGAGACCUCGUGUGUCGUCAUUGUUGAGGGCGAGGUGGUAAGCGAGGAGCAAGCUGCCCUCGCACACAACUUGCUGUACUCCGGAGAGCGGCGAUACAUCGAGAAGCCGCUCAAACAGGCUCCCGCACCCAUCAUCACCAAGACCAAGGUGACAAUUGACCCGCCAAGCAAAUCAACAACAAUGCCAAGGCCGAAGUACUCACCGCAGACUUCUGUUGAGGCUAAGAAGAAAUAUGGAUCCAAACUGGACUCGGAAUCAACCUCCUCUAGGUCAAGGAGUGCCACCAAGGAGCUUAUACUACCCGCAUCCGACUCGUCCAUGUGUGCGCCGUCAUUCGCUCGUGCGUUGCCCGACACACACACCGCCCGCGACGGUGCACCGCUGCUACUGUCGUGCGCCGUGCGCGGAGACCCCGAACCCAGGGUGGAGUGGUACAAGGAUGGGAAACCACUACACUCCUCUGCGGUGGUAGAUCUCAAGUACAAGAAUGGCGUCGCUUCUCUAGCCAUCAACGAGGUGUUCCCUGAAGACGAAGGUGUUUACUCACUGAAGGCCAUCAACAGCCAGGGAGAUGUUGAAACCAAAUGCUCAGUUUCAGUGAAAGCAUCUGACGGAGUAGCCAGCGGCAAGGUUGGUGACAAGCCCCCACGGAUCGUAGACCACGCCGUGUCACAGGUCGUCAAUGACGGAGAUACUGUUACGCUGUCUUGCAGGAUAACUGGUGCUGAGAGAUUUGACGUGGUGUGGCUUCACAAUAACAAGGAGAUCAAACCUUCCAAGGACUUCCAGUACUCGAGCGAGGCGAACAUUCACAAACUGCACAUCGCUGAAGUCUUCCCUGAAGAUGCUGGUGUGUACACAUGCGAGGCGUUCAACGACGCAGGCGAGUCGUUCUCGUGCUGCACUCUGGUUGUCCGCGUGUCUGGUGAGACGGUACUCGCUCCGCAGUACGACGCGUUCCCACAGUCCGCCACUGUCGUGUGUUCUGAACCCACUAUCUUCACUGCAACGCUCGAUCAGGCACCACUUCAGCUGCAAUGGUUGAAAGACGGCAAACCGAUUGACGAAACAUCACCGAGAUAUAUGUUCACAAUGGAAGGUGCCUCGACCUACCGCCUCGAGAUAGUCAAGUGCAGCCCCGAUGACGGCGGGCAGUACCAAGCACGCGCUGUAGGCUCCAAGGGAGACUCCUUCGCAUCCUUCUAUCUUAACGUUGUUGAUAAUUAAUAUUAUUAUUAUAAUUUACAUCGAAUUUCUCUUUAAAUGACUGACGUAUGAUAAAAAUAGUAGUGGACCUAUAACACUACUUUGGGGCACCCCGAAAAGAAACUUGCUAUAUUAAACGCGAGUUGAGCGAUUUAUUUUAACGAUUUUUAUACAAUUCGGAUUCUUGUUCAAGUUCGUUUUUAUACAUAAAAAAAAACUAUUUAUUAUAUUUAUUAUUUAUUAAGUAAUGUAAGUGUUAUACCUUAUCGAAUGCAUAUGAGAAGACACUUGGACGAUCGAAUCUUUUCUAUCUAGUCACUUUAUGUUAUUAUUACGUUCUCGUAUUUGUAUUUAUUCCCCUUCUAACAGAUUUCUGCAGCUUAUCCAAGUUAUUUAAGCUUAAAUUAAUCAAUGUUGUGAGGAUUUCGUUUUAAACCGACGACCGUCGCUGUGAUAUUCCGAGCGCCACCCGGAGUAUUGCGGAGAGGAUCGUCAGGAAUAUCGUUAUCUUUAUUUUUAUAUAACGUGUAAUAUUAAUUGUAAAUAAAUUAAUUUAUAUCAUGUGACCGCAUAAUUUAUAAAUAAAUAUAUAUAAUUAAA